AUGCUUCAAUGCCAUCAUCAGAGCAAGAAGAUCGCACUGAAGCGCAAAACUGACAGUCACCAUGCACUACUGAUUCCUGUGACCAUUUUGUAUCUAUCUAUCUAUCUAUCUAUCUAUCUAUCUAUCUAUCUAUCUAUCUAUCUGUUCUGUUGUACAUAUAAAUCAACUUAUCUCUCAAGCUAUCUAUCUAUCUAUCUAUCUAUCUAUCUAUCUAUCUAUCUAUCUGCUGGCACUAAGUCUGUUUAUUUCUAUUAUGUCCGUUUCUCUGCCUCUCUCUGCCUCUCUCUCUCUCUCUCUCUCUCUCUCUCUUUUAUCUUUGAUGAAACGAAGCGGGGCGGGGGAAGAAGGAAAUGGAGAAAAAAACUCUCUUUCUACCCACCUCUCUCUCUCUCUUUCCACGUCUCUCUCUUUCCACCUCACUCUCUUUCCACCUAUCUCUCUUUCCACCUCACUCUCUUUCUACCUCUUUCUCUUUCCACUUCUCUCUCUUUCCACCUCUCUCUCUCUUUCUAUCUCUCUCUCUUUCCACUUCUCUCUCUUUCCACCUCUCUCUCUUUCCACUUCUCUCUCUUUCCACCUCUCUCUCUUUCCACCAUUCCGUGA